AGAGCUGCUGCCGGCCUCCAAGCAUGAGUCAGAGCAGUUCUUCAGUCGAAGACAGGAACCCGAGAUGACCUGGGCUUCGGGGCAGUUGCCAGAGCCCGCUGGGGCGCCCCAUUCACAUCCGGUGUCAGUGAGGGGGGAUUCCUCGCUGCCCGCAUAUCCGUCGGAAAACCGGAUGUCCGAGAGACCCCGUUGCCACACCGACUGCCUGGAGGCGCCCCUCUCCUGCGUCUUCCGAAGGCUGGGAUGCGAAGUGGGCGCGCACCCCUGGGUCUUCCUGCUGGUGCCCAUGGUGCUGAUGGCCGCUCUGGGCACCGGUUUGAUUUACCUGCCCAAGGAUGUAGAAGAAAACUUCGAGGAGCAGUACACCCCAAUAGGGAGCCCGGCCAAGGCUGAGCGGCGUUUUGUGCAGAAACACUUCACUGCCAACGACUCUUAGGUCUUCUCCAUCUCCAGGAAGAGCACCGAGGUCAAUUUCGCUUGUAUUCUAGCGGUCUCCAACACGACCUCCCUGCUAGAACGAGCAAUCUUAUCAGAAGUUAGUAAAGUGGAUGACGUGAUCCAGGAUCUGUAUGCGAUGGGGGAAAACGGAACCCAGAUCCACUACAAUCAGGUGUGUGCCAAGCACCAGGGUCUCUGCGUGCCUUCCAACCUACUCCUGUAUGCCUGGCAGAUGAACAGGGACCUCGACCUGAGAAAUGUCACUUUCCCAAUCUACAACCACACCGGUCAGCCCAUCUACCUGGCUGGCACCAUUGGAGGAACCUUCUUAGGCGAGAGGAUGAGAAUGAACCAGUUACUCCUGGAAGCCAAAGCCGUGAGGUUGCUCUACUACCUGAAAACUGAGGAUCGAGAGGACAACGAGCGUAGUAAGAAAUGGUUGAUCCAUUUCCUGAACCAAUUUAGCAACAUUGAAAAGCGUCUGGCCUUGAAGAGGAUCCAGUCCUGCUGUGUCCCGUGUGAUUCUCUCCCAGAUGAACAAGAAACUGAUGUCCAUCCAAUGAAUUUGUUCUUCAGAGACUAUUUUGGCCCUUUUCUCACAAGAACUGAGUCUAAGUUUUUUGUAGUGCUUCUAUACAUUUUGUACAUUAUUAGUAGUAUAUAUGGGUGUUUCCAAGUGCAGGAAGGGUUAGACCUUCGAAAUUUGGCAAGUGACGAUUCCUACAUCACACCAUUUUUUAAUGUAGAAGAACAUUUUUCCGACUAUGGCCCCAGGGUUAUGGUUAUUGUUACUGAAACUCUUGACUACCGGGAUAAAGAUGCUAGGCAAAAACUGGAAAAAUGUCUGGUAGAUUUGGAAAACAGGGACUAUGUAGAAAAAAAUGUUACAGAGUUUUGGUUACAAGAGUAUGUGCAAUAUAUGGAAAAUAGCGGGCAAGAUGUAAAUGAUAAGAAUACUUUUAUAAACAGUUUGCCCAGUUUUUUAACAAAUUUUCCACUUUUUAUGUAUGAUAUUAAUAUUUCAUCUUCACAUGAAAUCAUUGCUUCCCGGGGCUUCAUUCAGACCAUCGGCGUUUCUUCUUCAACCAAUCAGAAGAUGAUGUUAUUCCAGUUACGAAGCAUAGACGAAAAGUGUGAAAUUCCCCUAAUGGUGUACAACCCGGCAUUCAUAUAUUUUGAUCAGUACACUGCAAUGUUAGAAAACACUGUUCGAAAUGUCAUUGUUGCAUCCUCAACAUGAACAUAAUAGGUUCAUUGUUUUCUUAUUGCUAAUUCCUCACCCACUAUGUUCCUUGUGGGUAACUUUUGCUAUUGCUUCUCUGAUUGUGGGAGUAACAGGGUUCAUGGCAUUCUGGAAUGUCAAUCUUGAUUCCAUAUCCAUGAUUAAUCUUGUCAUUUGUAUAGGGUUUUCUUUCGAUUUUUCUGCACACAUUUCUUACACAUUUGUUUCC